CACCGACCUUUGCUUACUCCCAUCCCUCUCUCUAUAUAUCCUCACUUCACCUCUUUCCUCUCCUUCGCUACACAAACCACAAACGAAUUCACAGAGACACGCCGGAGAAGUGAUAAUUCGACAUGGGAUCCGAUGGGAACACCACAAACGCCGGGGCCGGAUUCCCGGCGCCGUCCCUCUGCAAGAACGAAUGCGGGUUUUUCGGAACGCCGGCGACGAAGGGGCUCUGCUCCAAGUGCUACGCCGCCGCGGAGAUGGCGGAGCAGGCCGCCUCCGCCCUAGAGAAGCUCUCGCUGGGGACAGAUCUCAGGGUCAAAAUCAGACAGCCGGCUUUCGUGUGGCCGGUCGUCGAAUCGGCGGAUGAUUCAGCGCGAGAUGCGUCGCCGCCGCCGCCGCCGCGCCGUUCCAGCAGGUGCCGGAGUUGCCGGAAGAGGACGGGGCUGGUGGCGUUCAAUUGCCGAUGCGGUUAUGCCUUCUGUGCGGCCCACCGCUACCCGGAGGCGCACGAUUGCACUUUUGAUUUCCGGGCCGCGGGUCGGGUCGAAAUAUCCAAGGCGAAUCCGCUGGUAAAGACUGAUAAAAUCCAGAGAUUCUGAUUACGAGAAUUAUGGAAUUUCAAUUCGUAGAAGAAGACGAUUUCUUUUUUCUUUUUCUUUUUUUCUUAAACUCCUUAAUGGUUUAUUUUUCCACAAUUAUAGCAUGGGUAUUGUUAAAUUCACACUCUCUAAGUAGGAUUAUAUUCAUAUUUUUCAUCUAAAUUUGUUAAUGCCAUACUACGUAUUUUAUUUACAGAGUAAUAUAAAUAUAAAUUCACUGUUUAC